AUGGAUCUUAGCCAACAAUUCGUCAUUGACUACGCCAACGAUGAGCUACAUUUGCUAGAAGCAUGGCUGGCGGUUGCCGGCAUCACAACUGUCGAUCUUAUGAUUAUGAGGCGAGAAAAUCCAGAGAAAAUGGCAGAUUUACUUGCCUCGAAACUAGGCAAACCAAUUGGCCAAACCAAGCCGCUUCUUGACGCAUUUGAAGCUGUUGUGGGGCAAAGUUUGACACCAGCACUGCCGACUUCAUCACCAGAAUGUGUAAAAGUUGGCCUUCCCUCCCUAGAUCUUCAGUUGCAUGGAGGUUGUGCCAUUGGAGAAGUGACCGAGAUUUUCGGAGCUAGCGGCACCGGAAAGUCCCAGUUUCUUCUCAAUCUCGCCAUAAACUCACAGAAAAUACUCGACGAAACAGGAAACCCGGCCGGAUGCAUAUACAUUAGCACCGAGGCAGGCAUAGAAACCCGUAGACUCGCCGACUUCUCCCAAGCGGGAACAGACAUGGAAAACAUCGCCUACAUACACUGCAGCGACACCGAAAACCAGGACCAUAUUAUAUUCACCCAGCUUCCGGCCAAAUUGGCGCUCGCACAAAGCUCAGGCCGCAGUUUUCGAACGGUCCUCAUCGAUAGCAUUAGUCAUCAUUUGCGAGCCAACGACAGCUUUUUGAAUAGCGUCGAGUUCUUGAAAGAUCACUUGGCACACCAAGAGCUCGAAUUUGGCGCGGACCAGAGCUACCUCAAGCUCAAACUGGAGUUCGAUGCCAUGUCAUCUCUCUUUUUUCGAGCAGACAGAUCAUACCGUCUACGCGCGGCCAAAGAAUACUAUCUUCUACAACUACACUGGUAUCUACAGACAUUGGCACGGAAAUUCCAGGUCGCCGUUGUCGUCAGCAACCAGGUGAGUGACAUGAUGGACUCCGACAUUACUACAUUAGACGUUCCACCAGAAGAACUCGCCGAUCCCCUAAAUUUCGACUUCCAAGUAGGAACAUUCAGCGGCUGGGAUGCGCCAGCGUAUCAAUCCCAGGACACGAUGUUCUUGUUGGGUACUUCAACACAAACCACCACUCAACCAGACACAGAAGUGCGUAUUUCGGGCGCCGAACUCAACAGAAAACGCUGCAUCCCGGCCCUCGGCUACACAUGGACCAAACUCAUUUCACACCGAAUUCUACUCUGGAAACGGUAUGUAUGGAGUAAUUUGCAGCCAGCCAAACGGCAUUCUGCAGGACCGGGCGACGCUAAUUCGGACAUUUCUCAACGGCCACACACGGCAGAAGAAGACGGUGAAAACGACGAUUCAGCACCGAAACGAAAACUCCACGCCCGAAGAUUCGCCAGAGUGAUAUCUCCAGCAUGGGCGCCGCUGCUGCCGCCGGUGGAAUUUGUGCUCCUGCAGAAAGGCUUGACACCGGUCACGUGA